AGCUGUACUGCGCAUGUUUCUCAAUCAUUCAACAACAAGCUUACAGAUUAUCGAUUUUUCAUACGCAGAAUUUGUAUAGAACGGGACACGGCAAUACGUAAUAAUAAAAAUGUUCCGUGUAUCUGUGUUGUUUGGUUGGUAUAUCAUUUUAGCUUUGUACGGAGCUUGCAAAAGUGCUGCUGAUCAAACACCAGUGACAUUUUCUUUUAAGGAAUAUCAGUAUAAGGAUUCACCGAAAAACGACAUGACUUUCAGAGAAUUUGAGUCAGCAUGUGAACAAAGCAGUGCUUGUAGCCAUUUAAGUGGUUUGAUAAAGACUCGUUGUAUACGAGAAUGCGUUUCACCAUCAUGUUACAGGGAACUUUAUCAGGCAGACCCGCUUGAAGAAGGGGAAAUUGAUGUACGACUGAAUUCUUUCAAGGGCUGUUUCAUACAGAGAAGUGGACGAACGAGAAAUUGAUUUCAUCCAAGGGUCGUUACAGCUAUGAUCUUGUGCGGCAGUAAAAUUUAUAAAAUUCGUCGAAAAGUACAAUUUGUUUUAAGAGUAAGUAAGUACGAAAAUAGUUUAAAGCAACAUUUAUUACGGGAAAAGAAAAUCAAUAAAUUGAUUUUUGUUCUAGCUUCUCGAUAAAACGUCAUUGGCUUCCUGGGAACCUUUUUUAUAAUCGUUUUAUAUUCCAGAGUAAAGUCGCCCGAAAUUUAUAUAAUAUCAAUUUUUGAUAAAUAUUAGACAACAUAGUGCAAUUAGAAAGAUUGAA